CCAAUCGGGGCGCGGCUUAUUGCUGGCUGGGAGAAGCGCUCGGUUGUGUGCGCCCGCCUGCUGAGGAGCUGGGUCUUAGGCGCGGGGCAGGCGAAGCUUCCUCCUCCUCCUUCUCCCCCUUCCCCCCCCCCGCCCCUUCUCCCCCGCUUUGUUGGUGCCUCUCCCGGGAGGGCGGCUGCGGCGGCCGGCGACCAUGCCCGAGUUCCUAGCGGAUCCGUCGGUGCUGACCAAGGAGAAGCUGAAGAGCGAGCUGAUCGCUAACAAUGUGAGCCUGCCGGGCGGCGAGCAGCGCAAGGACGUGUAUGUGCAGCUCUACCUGCAGCACCUCACCGCCCGCAACCCGCCCGCUGCCGUCGCACAGCCCGACUUCUCCAGCGACGAGGAACGGGAGCCUACACCGCUCGGCGCCAGGAACCGCGGCGCUGCCUCCGGGCGGAAAGCCACAAAGAAAACAGACAAACCCAGGCCAGAGGAAAAGGAUGACCUAGAUGUAACAGAGUUGAGUAAUGAAGAUCUUCAAGAGCAGCUUCUGAAGUAUGGAAUAAAUCCCGGCCCAAUUGUAGCAACUACUAGGAAACUUUAUGAGAAAAAACUGCUGAAACUGAUGGAGCAGGGACAAGAACUGAAGGCACCUGAGCCUCUUCCAGCAAUUUCUUCAACUGCUGAGAAUACACGACAGAAUGGAAGUAAUGAUUCUGACCAGUACAGUGACAAUGAAGAAGUUACAGAUCCGAAGACUGAGCUGAGGCUUGAGAAGAGAGAACCAUUGAAAACCAGGACAAAGACUCCAGUAGCACCCAAACAAAGAAGAGUUGUUGAACACAACCAGACCUAUUCUCAAGAUGAAGUUACUGAGACUGUCUGGACAAGUGGAUCUUCAAAAAGUGGACCUCUGCAGGCAUUUUCUAGGGAGUCUACAAGAGUAUCAAGAAGAACACCAAGGAAAAGGGUGGAAGCUACAGCACAGUUGCCUGUAGAUGAUGCUGUAAUAUCAGAGAGUACUCCCAUAGCUGACACUAUAUUGACUGCAAGCAACGAGACCCUAGUUGUCAAUAGGGUGCCUGGAAAUGUCAAGCAUGCAGCUCCUACACUGUCAAUCAGUGAACUCUCAGACAUGCCCAGAAGAACACCAAAGAAACCACUGAUGACAGCUGAACAAGAAGAGAUAAAUUACCCACAUCGGUUCUUUUUUAAUCAUGUUGGCCACAACCAACCCUGUGAUCUGCUCAACACAGCCAUGAUAGAGGAAACUGAGGAAGGCACUGAAUGCUUUAAGACACCAAAAGUGACCAGACAGCUGCCAGUAACAAAGGUGCUGGAGAGAAACCCUGCAGAAGAACCAAGAGUAGAAAGGGAUAUUCUUAAGGAAAUGUUCCCUUACGAAGUAUCAACACCUACAGGAAUUAGUGCUAGCUGCCGUAGACCAAUCAAAGGAGCUGCUAGCCGGCCUAUAGAACACAGUGACUUCAUAAUGGACGAAAGUUUCUCUAAAUAUGCUCCAAAAUAUGGUACCUCAACUGACAUCAAGUCACAGAAACCACCAGCAAAAAAAGAACGCUCCAUUCCCCUGUGGAUAAAAAUUCUUCUCUUUGUUGUUGUUUCAGUCUUCUUGUUUUUGGUUUAUCAGUCUAUGGAAACUAAUCAAGGAAAUCCUUUCUCUAAAUACAUGAGUAUUGUCUCUCAAGAUGGUGCCAAAUGAGUAUCUUUCUGAAAGGCACACCUGAUCUGAUCUCCUGUUUUUAAUUGUAGAGAACUCUUCUGCCCUCUCAUCGGCUCAAGGACUUCUUACAUGUAAUGUGAUUGGAACCUGAUAAAUUGGAUAAAUGAAGCAAGAUAAUAUUAAAUGGACAUCAGUAACUUUCUGGACUUUGGACUAGUGGGAGGUUAUUUUGCCAUAGGAGUAACAUUUUUUAGAUCUUUGAACUUUUUGUAGGCUUUAUUUUUUUAACGUGGACAUCCUUUAAAUUCAUUUUUGAGAAACUGUGUAUUUGAUUUUGCAAGAACUUGGAAGCUGAGAAGGGCAAAAAUGUAGUAAAAUGUGAAGCUGUGUUCUUAAAUCUUCCUUUGUACAGAAAAGAAGUUGUACUUUUAUCUCUAGAUUAAUGUGGAGGAGGAUUUUAACACAGGUGAUACAGGGAGAUGCAUUUUUGUAUGAUUUUUUUUUUUAGUAACAAUGUAACUGAAUUUGAUAUAUUGGGAUGCAGGGAGAGUACAACCUUUUCUGUAGAUUACUGUAACUUUUUAGUAAAUGUAACUGUAAACCUGUUUGCAUUUCUGUAAGUCUUAGUAUCACACUAGUUUAAGUGUAACAUCACUUAAAUGUAUCCUUUCAUUUUAGUGCUUACAGUGUUGUAGGAGCUGAAUACAGAUCUAAUUGGCAAGAGAUGUUUUAGAGAAACUUAUUUAUUAGUAAUAUGCGUGAAAAAUAAAGAUUGCAUCAAUAUCAUUUGCUACACAAACUUUUUUUGGGUCAGGGUUACCUGAAGUAGUCUAAAUUCUGACUUCAGUUCUGGUCUUGGUUUUUUGUUUUUUUUUUUUUUUUAAAGCGAGGUUUUUCCAACACAGCUUUUUGUGAUUAUCUUUGAAUAUUCAUGUAGAGAAGUUUCUCAAAGUGUGAAAAUUCCAGAUGAAGUUUUAUUCUUGUAUGACGAGGGCAUUGCUACAUUUAAUGCUAGUUUCAUCUUCUAAGGUGAGAUUUACUACUUUUAUGCAGUUGAAUUAUUUUUCUCAGUGAAAGCAUGCUGAAACACUCUAUAUUGUGUAACUUAGAUGAGCAGGCAGCUGACUUUACUACCAAUGAAGAGUGAUAAGCAACAAUUUUUGAAGUGAAUGUACACAUUUUCUUGUGCUUUAAAUCCGCAGCAGUUCAGUCUCAUUGCUUGGUACAAAAUCGCAAUAAAUCAUACUACUUACUCUUAAAGUGCUACUUAUAAGAAGCUGAGAGCAUAGUUAAUAGUAUAUUUUUACUCUAGGUACAAUAAUUAGUCUAAGUGUGGGGAAACUUUCUGGGAACUUUGGGACAAACAUGGUUAUUGGUAGCAAAGCUAUAGUUUUUUUCUGUUAAGAUUAAUGUGGGGUAUUUUCCUUUUAAUCUGCUUUUUUGAGUAAUCCAAAUAGCUAAACUUGUGUCCAUCCUAUAGAAAGUUGUAACAUAAGGCAUUCACUUUUGGUGUCAAAAUGCAGAAAAAUAAAAAUGAUUUUAAUGUGUGUGAAUUUUCCUUCUCAAAAUAAAUGCAUUGCUAAACUGCAGCUAAAAGCAAGA